GGAGUAGAAAUUGCAGAGCAAAAAAACUAAAAUUUGAUUAAUAUUCUUUCUGGGUUUUAAUUUGGUGAUGGAUAAGCUCUCCCCAACUACAUUCUUUCUCCUACUGGUUCUCUUCUAUGCCUCAGAUACACUCAAGAUCAAAUUGGUGGCCGGGCAAACAUGCUCGGAGAUUUUAGGAGAAUGUAUUUUCUGCGAGUCUAAGUGUAACAAAAGACAUCCAGGCUCAACCUUUAACUGUGAACCUAUGAAGGGCUUCCGUUUUCCAGCAUGCAUAUGUUCUUUCAAGUGCCCGAAGCAAUGCAACGUGGGUGGCGGCCGAUGCAGCGCUAAUUGUGGUCCGGAUUGUUGUAAUAAAAAUUGUGCUGCAAAAUAUAACAGUGGCAGUGGAUACUGCGAUAAUAGUGUUGGUGUUUAUCUUUGUCAAUGCGUGUAUGCUUGCUUCUAAGUAGAGAAAUA